UCUAUCUCACAGAAAACAAUUUUUUAUCUGAAAUGCUAUCUAUAAGUAGGACGCAUGGCUCAGUGAUUAUUCAGUAAUUCUCAAUCACACGUUCUCGUUAAAGCAGAAGUAAUGGCUCGACUAAUUGUAAGCCUUAUUGUAGUCACCAUUAGUGUUGCAAUACUGUGCAUCUACGCGGAGGAGCUCUAUUCAGAUAAAUAUGAUAACACUGAUGUUAUGUCUAUCCUUAACAACCAAACACUGCAAGAACAAUAUUACAAUUGUGUUAUAGAUGCCGGACCAUGUACGACGGAUAUUCAGAAAUUUGCUAAAGAACAUAUUCUCGAAGCUAUACAAACUAACUGCAAAAAGUGUACCGAAAAACAGAAGCAAAUAGUGACCAUGAUAAAAGAUUGGUAUGAAAAGAACAAACCUGAUCAAUGGCAUGUUAUACUUUCAAUAGUUACAAAGAUGUAACAAGAAUCGUCAACAAUUGCUAACUAUAAACGCUAUUAAAAUUGGAUUAAACAACGACAUGGAACACACAACGGCAAUAUUAUAAUUAUCUACAAAUGUUUUAAAUUUUUAUUUUCGAAAACCUCUUCACAUGGGAUAGGGAUCUCCUUAAUAUUGUUUAUUGUCAUUGCUAUAUUUAGUACUCGUAUAGCAAUAUUAUAUCGUUAGAAUAAGGAAGUUAAGGAAAAUAAAUUUCUUGCAUCAGAAAAA